CUAGAGGAGGGCAGAGAGAGAAAAAUCACAGCCACCAUCACAACAUGAUCAUCACCCCACAGCCCAAACACACUGGUUCAAAAAACAACAGUCAGGAGCAUCUCGGACCGAAUCUGAGAAGUGGUCUCGUCGUCGGUCAAUAAAAGGACCGUGUUUAUCUCUGUUUUUAAGCCGUCAGGGAGUGGAUCUGUCUCGGACGCCAUCUUUAGCAGCAGUAGCCCGGGAGAGUGAAGAGCUGCUGGGCCACCGUUAACCAGCACCGGGCUGGAGCGAUUUCUCCAGCUGACGCUCCUGCUUGACAGCGAUCGAUAAGUUGUUUGGGACUGAUUUGGGGUCGGUAGGCGUGUUUCUGCCCACUGGGUUUGUUGUUGUUGUGGUCGGAGGAGUUUUCUCGGGCUGGCUGCUCAUCCUGGCCUGUUGGGAGGGUUUUGGUCCGUAUGAGGCCACUGUCUUGCAGAUGAGCCAUCAGUGGGGGCUGUCGUGUCGCAGACCCAGAUAGUGACUGGCGGCUGCGGCCCAGGCCCCGCCCCCUCCCAGCAUGCCCAACGCUGUUCGCGCAGGGAGUCUGAAAGACCCCGAGAUCGCAGAUCUCUUUUUUAAAGAAGACCCCGAAAAACUCUUCUCAGACCUGAGGGAGAUCGGUCAUGGCAGCUUCGGCGCUGUAUAUUUUGCACGGGAUGUGCGGACCUCAGAGGUGGUGGCCAUCAAGAAAAUGUCAUAUAGUGGAAAACAGUCCAAUGAGAAAUGGCAGGAUAUAAUAAAGGAGGUGAAAUUCCUUCAGAGGAUAAAGCAUCCAAAUAGCAUAGAGUAUAAAGGAUGCUACCUGCGAGAGCACACAGCAUGGCUUGUUAUGGAGUACUGUCUGGGGUCCGCCUCAGAUCUCCUCGAGGUACACAAAAAACCUUUACAAGAGAUGGAGAUAGCAGCGAUUACUCACGGUGCUUUGCAGGGGUUGGCGUACCUCCACUCCCACAACAUGAUUCACAGGGAUAUCAAGGCUGGGAACAUCCUGCUCACAGAGCCGGGACAGGUGAAGCUGGCAGAUUUCGGUUCUGCUUCUAUCGCUUCUCCUGCUAAUUCAUUUGUAGGGACUCCUUAUUGGAUGGCCCCAGAAGUGAUCCUGGCCAUGGAUGAGGGUCAGUAUGAUGGAAAGGUUGACAUCUGGUCUCUAGGAAUAACCUGUAUUGAAUUAGCUGAAAGGAAACCUCCGCUCUUCAAUAUGAAUGCAAUGAGUGCCUUAUACCAUAUCGCGCAGAAUGAGAGUCCAUCCCUACAGUCCAGUGAAUGGACGGACUACUUCAGAAACUUUGUGGACUCCUGCUUACAGAAGUUGCCCCAGGACAGACCCAACUCUGAAGAACUGCUGAAACAUGCAUUUGUCCAGCGUGAGCGGCCGGAGUCGGUGCUUAUUGACCUGAUCCAGCGCACCAAAGAUGCUGUGAGAGAGCUGGACAACCUGCAGUACCGCAAGAUGAAAAAGAUCCUCUUCCAGGAGGCCCACAAUGGCCCUGCAGCAGAGGUCCCAGACGACGAGGAGGAAGUGGAGCACAGUGCUGGCCGCACGGGCACAGUGAACAGCGUGGGCAGUAAUCAGUCCAUCCCUAGCAUGUCCAUCAGUGCAAGUUCACAGAGCAGCUCGGUUAACAGCCUGCCUGACGCCACAGAUGCCACCGAUGACAACAAGAGCGAGGUGGACCUGAUGGAGAAAGACCAAACCAUCAUACCCAACAGCUCCAUGAUUCACGUCAAACCGGAGGAAGAAAGCUACCCGGAAGAAACUGAGGCUCAGAAACAGCCCACAGAGCCCCAGUCUCCCCCAGCACAGACACCACGGCGUCAGUACCGAAAUCGAGAGCACUUUGCCACCAUCCGCACAGCCUCCCUGGUGACGCGUCAGAUUCAAGAACACGAGCAGGACUCUGAGGUGCGCGAGCAGAUGUCUGGCUACAAACGUAUGCGCAGGCAGCACCAGAAACACCUUCUGGCCCUCGAGAACAAGCUGAAGGGCGAGAUGGAUGAGCACAGACUCAAGCUAGACAAAGAACUGGAGAAUCAGAGGAACAGCUUUGCUGCUGAGAUGGACAAACUCAUCAAGAAGCACCAAGGCACCAUGGAGAAAGAUGCCAAGACUUUUACCAACGAUGAAAAGAAAUUUCUGCAGCACAUUCAGAGCCAGCAGAAGAAGGAGCUCAGCAGCUUUCUGGAGUCUCAGAAACGCGAGUACAAACUACGCAAGGAACAGCUCAAAGAGGAGCUGAAUGAGAACCAGUCCACACCAAAGAAGGAGAAGCAGGAGUGGCUGUCCAAGCAGAAGGAGAACUUCCAGCACUUCCAAGCAGAGGAGGAGGCCAACCUACUCCGCCAACAGCGGCAGUAUCUGGAGCUUGAGUGCCGCAGGUUCAAACGGCGCAUUCUCAUUGCACGUCACAACGUGGAGCAAGAUCUCAUGAGAGAGGAGCUGAACAAGCGUCAGACGCAGAAGGAUCUGGAGCAUGCCAUGCUGCUCCGACACCAUGAGUCCAUGCAGGAGCUGGAGUUCAGGCACCUGAGCACUAUCCAGAAGAUGCGUGCAGAGCAGAUCCGCCUGCAGCACCAAACCGAGCUCACCAACCAACUGGAGUACAACAAGCGCAGGGAGAGGGAGCUCAGACGCAAACACGUCAUGGAGGUCCGACAGCAGCCUAAAAGCCUCAAGUCCAAAGAGCUCCAGAUCAAGAAACAGUUCCAGGAUACAUGUAAGAUCCAGACCCGGCAGUACAAAGCCUUGCGAAACCAUCUGCUGGAGAGCACGCCAAAACCCGAACACAAGACCAUGCUGAAGAGACUGAAGGAGGAGCAAACCAGGAAACUAGCCAUCCUCGCCGAGCAGUACGACCACACCAUAAACAACAUGCUCUCCACACAGGCUUUGCGCCUGGAUGAGGCGCAGGAGGCGGAGUGUCAGGUGCUGCGAAUGCAGCUGCAGCAAGAGUUGGAGCUAUUGAAUGCGUAUCAGAGUAAGAUCAAGAUGCAGACGGACGCUCAGCAGGAGCGAGAGAGGAAGGAGCUGGAGCAGAGAGUGUCUCUGAGGAGGGCCCUACUGGAGACCAAGAUAGAAGAGGAGAUGUUUACCUUGCAGAACGAGCGCACGGAGCGUAUCCGCAGCCUGCUGGAGCGCCAGGCCCGAGAGAUUGAGGCUUUCGACUCAGAGAGCAUGCGCUUGGGCUUUAGCAACAUGGUGUUGGCUAACAUCUCUCCUGAGGGCCUCAGCCACAGCUUCCCUGGGGCCCCAGCCAGUUGGAUCCCCCAUCAGCAUCACUCAGAUGGCUCUCAGGGGACACAGUGGGGCAGCAGCACUAGUUCAGGGGCCGGCCACCACUACCACUCCAGUCAGGGAGGACCACAGGCCCAGCAGGGCUGGGGCCAAGCCAUCCCAGGAGGUGGGCUUCCUCCGUGGGGCCACUCCUCCUCGGGCCCUCCAGGGGCCAUGCCAAAAAGCAGUGUGGGGAUGCGGAACAGCCCCCAGGCGCUUAGGAGGACCACCUCAGCGGGGCGCACUGAGCAGGGCAUGAGUAGGAGCACCAGCAUCACAUCUCAGAUAUCCAACGGUUCACACCUGUCCUUUACAUAGACGCCAGUGCGUUUGUGCCAACCCUGUACACACAAACACACACGGGGUAGGGGAACGCACUGGCCCACACUAAAGACUGGCACAGAGAGCAGAGCUAACUGCACUCUUCUACCCACCUCCCUAUCUUCCCUCUCUUUCUCUCUCAUUUCACUUUACUACAUGCAGAUGUGCAUGUCAACUAUAGUAAAUAUCACUCAGGUCAAAAGGUAUUCUAACUUUGCAUGAAGCUUUUUUGACAGCCAUGCAGAGCUAGAGUCAAAAACACUAGUCUGAUUUAAAGCUCACUUAAUGAGAUUCAUUUCAUGCUAAUAUUAUAAAGAAAUAUAUAUAUAUAUAAAAAAAUGAUAUAUCUAUAAAAAAUAGAUGUUUAUUGAUUUAGCUUUACUCCACUUAAUGUGUGGAUUCAUAAACCAAAAGGAUGUUGAAAGGAGAUGUUGGCCAUAAUUCUUAAUAUUUGCUUAUAAAUGAUUAAGUAAGAAUACAAUCUAAGCUUUCAGCCUGCUGUCAUGCUCUUAGGAAAAACUAUUUGGGAUUUUUUUUUUUUUUUUUUAAAGAAAGAAAUCAAGAUGGAUUGAGUGUGCAUAGUAUAUGUAAUGUCUGUGUUGGGAAGAGAGCUGUUGAUUUGAGUGAGUGUUUUCAUUCUUAGAUUUUUAAGUUGGACGAGUACUGAAUUUUUGCAGAAAAUAAUGUGGAUAAAAAAUUCGUUUUGACAAUACCUUACAAACCUUUUUGUCAUGUUUAGUCAGCAGGAAAGGUCAAUGGGGCCUUGUUGCCCAAGCAGUGUGUUUUCGCAGUUUAGGAUUUUAAAUCACGCAAGCAAGCACAAAUCUGUUCAUAUCUCCAUCAUAUUUUUUGUCUGUAGUUGCAUUAAGAAACCUAAUUAUGGCCAGACAACCUGUCUUCAGUGUUCUCAGCCUUUGAUACACCCUUCAUUUUAUUAGGUCAGCCAGCUUUCAUCUGGAUCAGGUGUCUAGAUACAUUUAGAUGUGGUGCUUUCUUGAUUAUUCAUCAUAUGUAAUGUUUUAGGUGUGCAAUGCCAGCUUAAAGAUAUCAGAUAUAUGUUCAGUGCCUUGAAUGUGUUAAUGAUUUAAAUAUUAAGCAGAGACAUGCCAAGAUGAUUGUUCUCAUGUAGCUGAAAAAACACUCAAAAUUUUAGAGUCUAAACAUAUUCCACCAAUGUAAUGAAGGGACAGUGUUGGUCCAUUUAAGCUCUGGAUUAUGAAGUCUUAUUGUGUGUUGGUGUGAAUAUAUUUGGUUGUACACUUAAAGAUGAGCUUAAUGUAACGCUAAAUACUUAUGUUAAUAAACUUUUGGGGUGCCUUUUAAUAGCUGCCAAGCAGAAGCACUUUAUGUAGUGUGUCAUGUUUCGAGGAAUUUUUUUUUUUUUUUAAGCGUUUUCAGCUAUGGAAAUGAUUAAUGCAGGUGUAAACUGUAGUGUGUGAUGGCGGAUGUCCAGUAUGUUAUCUGUUAUUCUUUUCAAAAGAUCUAUGUGGUAAUUUUAAGGAAGUGGUAGAUACGAAUUCUUCGGCGGUUUUACUAGUAUUGUCAUGAUUUGAAAAUGAGUAAGGAAAUCAAUGCAGAACCUGUUUGAAUGUAUCCUGACCUUCGACAGGUUUAUGUUGUGUUUAUGGCACUCUAGGAAUGUAAUGAACUGUAGAAAUGAAUGGCUUCAUUUUUUUUUUCCUCUGAAGGUCGUGACAGCAGGCUUUGAUAUGUGAUGCUUAAUAGGAGCAGGCAAACACUCUUGAUGGUCUCAUGACCUCCACAAUAAAUAGUACUCAUUCACUACCAGUCAAACAUUUAGACAGAUCUACUGUUUAUAUAUUAAAUUUUUUUCAUAUUUUAAAUAAUGGUAUAUUGAGUAUAUAUACACAA